CCAUAAGUCAUAGCCAUCUUCUUCAAUGAAAAUGAAGCCAGUCUCAUUCUCAUUAGUUUUGGUGAUGCCAUUAUAUUGGCUUUGCCUUUGUAACCACAUAUUCGUUGCUUCUGGCUUUUGUCUGGAUGAUCAGAAGUCUUUACUACUCCAAUUUAAGAACAACCUCUCAUUCACGUCAGAAAGUAGCAACAAGCUGAAGUUGUGGGCUCCAAGUGAUGAUUGUUGUUCAUGGAUGGGGGUAACAUGUGACAAGGAGGGACAUGUUACUGGUCUUGAUCUCAGUGCAGAAGUGAUCUCGGGUACGUUAGACAACUCAAGCAGUCUUUUCAGUCUCCAGCAUCUCAUGAAUCUAAAUUUGGCUGACAAUUACUUCAACUUUCUCAUUCCAUCUGGAUUCAACAAGUUGAAGAAAUUAACUUACCUGAAUUUGUCAGAAGCUGGCUAUACGAGAGAGAUUCCAACAGAGAUUUCUCAACUGACAAGGUUGGUUACUCUUGAUUUAUCUUCUUUUUCUUCCUUUGCUGAAUCGAAUUACCAAAAUCUACAAAAGCUUGUCCAAAACCUCACCAGCAUACGACAACUGUAUUUGGAUGGUAUGAAGAUUAAUGCCAGUGGACAGGAAUGGUGUAACCUUUUGUUGCCGCUGCGUGACCUCCAAGAACUAAGCAUGGCAGAGUGCAAUCUCUUGGGACCCCUUGAUUCUUCCUUGGCAAAACUGCAGAAUCUAUCAGUCAUUAUUCUUGAUGGCAACAAUUUUUCAUCCCUGGUGCCAGAGACAUUUGCCAAUUUUAAAAAUCUGACUACCCUCAAUCUUGGAGCUUGCAACUUGAUUGGGAGAUUUCCCCUCAAAAUAUUCCAGAUUGCAACAUUAUCAUUUAUUGACAUAUCAUAUAAUAUUAAUCUCCAUGGUUUUUUUCCAUACAUUCCCCUGAAUGGAUCUCUCCAGACCAUAAUAGUGAGUAACACAAGCUUCUUUGGAACACUUCCACACUCUAUUGGUAACGUGAGAUACUUAUCUGAAUUGGAUCUUUCUCGUUGUCAAUUUAAUGGAACACUUCCCAACUCACUGUCAAAUCUCACUGAAUUAACUUACCUAGAUUUGUCAGGUAACCAAUUUACAGGUCCAUUGCCAUCAUUUGGUAUGGCAAAAAAACUUUCCUACAUAGACAUGUCUCUAAAUGGCUUAAGCGGUGCAAUUCCAUCUUCUCACUUUGAAGCACUGCACAAUCUUGUUCGCAUUGACUUGAGUCAAAAUUCUAUCACUGGGAGCAUUCCAUCAUCUCUUUUUACGCUCCCAUUUCUAGAUAUCAUUCGUCUUUACGAUAACCAGUUUAGUCAGUUUGAUGAAUUCAUAAAUGUGUCUUCCUCUACAUUGAGCCUCCUUGAUUUAAGUAACAAUAAUAUAUCAGGACCUUUUCCUGAGUUUAUCUUCCAGCUCACUGCACUAUCUAACCUUUACCUUACCUAUAACAAGUUCUAUGGGCCACUGCAGCUACUUAAGUUUUGGGAGCUCAGAAAUUUAACUGAACUCUACAUUUCAGAAAACAACUUUUCAGUCAAUGUGGAUAUGAAAAAUGUUGAUCCCUCACCUUUACCCGGACUUCAAGUUCUACAUUUGUCAUCUUGCAACUUGAAAGCCUUUCCUAAUGUCUUGAGAAACCAAUCCAAUUUACUAUAUCUAAACCUUUCAAACAACCAGAUUCAAGGAAUAGUGCCCAAUUGGAUUUGGAAACUAACAAAGCUUUACAGCCUUGACAUCUCAAGCAAUUUGCUGACUGAAUUGGAAGGAACUGUGCAAAACGUUUCUUCCAUGAUAGGGCUUGAGGUCCUUGACCUUCAUAACAACCAACUACAGGGGCCAAUACCUAUUUUGUCUGAACAAGCUCUCUAUUUGGAUUAUUCAAGGAACAUAUUUAGCUCUGUUAUCCCUGAUGCCCUCUGCAGUGCUAAAUACCUUGAAGUGCUUGAUCUUUCAAUUAAUAACAUGUCUGGAACAAUUCCCUCAUGUUUAAUGAUGGUGACUGAUAAUGUUUAUGGGCUUCAGGUAUUAAAUCUGAGGGACAACAGCCUCACAGGCCAUAUCCCAGAUAUGCUUCCUUCUUGUCCUUUAACCACUCUGAACCUCCAUGGAAACAACUUGCAUGGGCCUAUCCCAAAGUCCCUUGCCUACUGCUCCACAUUAGAGGUACUGGACCUUGGAAAAAAUCAGAUUACCGGUGGCUUCCCAUGCUUUUUAAAGAGCAUACCAACACUUCGUGUCUUGGUUUUGCGAAACAACAAAUUUCAAGGUUCCUUAGAUUGUGGCCAAACCAAUUAUGAGGCUUGGAAAAUGCUUCAAAUUGUGGACAUUGCUUUUAAUAACUUUAGUGGCAAACUAAAGGGAAAAUAUUUCACAAACUGGGAAACAAUGAGGCAUGAUGAAGAUCAACCUGUAUUAGACUUUAUUUACACACUUACAAGAAACCGUCAAUACUAUCGGAAUAGUGUAACACUUAUCAACAAAGGUCGAGAGAUGGAGUUUGUUAAAAUUCUGAUACUCUUCACAUCUAUUGAUUUCUCAUCUAACCAUUUUGAAGGAACAAUACCAGAGGAGCUAAUGGAUUUCCAAUCACUCAUUGUUCUCAACCUUUCAAACAAUGCUCUCUCUGGUGAGAUCCCAUCAUCCAUAGGGAAUCUGAAACAGCUGGAGUCCUUGGAUCUCUCACGCAACUCAUUGCAUGGAGAAAUUCCAGCGCAACUUGCAAGUUUGACAUUCCUUUCUUAUCUGAACCUCUCCUUCAAUCAUCUGGUGGGGAUAAUCCCAACAGGUUCCCAGAUUCAGUUAUUUGAAGCAUCUUCCUUUGAAGGCAAUGAUGAUCUACAUGGACCUCCAUUGGAACCUGCUAAUAACCCACCUGUCCCACCAUUGCCGCCACAACCCGCAUGUAGAAGGCUAGCAUGUACAGUUGAUUGGAAUUUUUUAAGUGCAGAGUUGGGAUUUUCUUGUGGCAUUGGAAUUGUCAUCUUGUCCCUCUUGUUUUGGAAGAAAUGGAGGAUAUGGUAUUGGAAACUAGUGGACCGAGUUCUUUGCUGGAUCUUCCCUCAGCUGUAUCUUGAUUAUGUAAUCAGGGGAGGACAAAGGUACACUGUUUUAAGGUGGUGGGGUUAGUGAUCAGGGAGUGUGCUAAUAAGUUGUUAUGUGAUCUUAAAUCUUUCCUACUUAAUUUCCUAGUUCUGUUGUUGUUUGGGUGUAUUUCAAAAUAGGUGUUUGCUAUGGUACCUUAACCCAAAUCAAGGUAUGGUACCCAAAAUGAGAUAAUUCAAUAAUAAAGAAGUAUGUACAAGUUAUUAUUUUGAUGUUA